AUGACCAAUUUCGCGCGCACGGCCUGGGAUGCUCAGCUGUCCUACCCCAUCUCGCGACAAUACCCAUUCGGGAAGUGGUUCAAAGUGUGGGUGACGCUGGGCGGUCUUCUGGUCUUCGGCUUCCUAGUCGUCUUCAACAUCGCAACCAACGGCUUCGACAAGCAACUAAAAUACAUCCUUGACCCCAAUAGCACCGAGUCCAAGCGCGAAUGGUUCAAUAACAAGUUCUUCACCUGGGGGGACGACUCCCUGGAACCCAAAUGCCAGAACACAGAGAUCACCGUGGGCCAGCAGUUCAUGACGACAAAUCGGGGGCUGCGCUACACGGUGCGCCGCAUCCUAUCUCAAGGUCCAGGCGCCCAGUCACCGGAAGAUCGAUCCUCGCUGUCGUACCUGAACAACGAGCUACAGAACUGCGACGUCAGGCAAAUCAGCCUCAACAUGCGGAGGACAGAGAAGAGCAAUCCCGACACCAACUACCGCUGGUGGCGCUGGAUGGAUAGUACCGCAGAGGCGCAAGCGCGCUGCGACAUUGUCAACAACAACGGCAAAUUCACCAUCGAAUUCGUCCACAAGUAUGAGGGCAUUGAUGACGACUACAGCUACAUCGCGCUCAACGACGCAACGUCGCACGCGAGCUUUUGGUGGGGCGCGCGUCUGAUGAACGCCUACUUCGCCGGCGUGAAAUUCAUCAUGCAACUGCCCAUGCCCAACAUCGACAAUUCGGAAUGGAUGACUUCGCGCGCAACAAUCUCCUACAGCCGUACAAAUGUGACGGACCUCAGGGACCCCGGGCUCUUCACCUUUGGGUUUUACUUCCUCACCGAUAACGGCGGCCUGAUGGACUCAGGUAACACGAAACCUGGCCACGGCAAUUUCUAUAACAACCCAAACUUCACCAUCUCGCGCCCGCUGACCGAGGGCUUCUUCUUCGCAAAAGUGUAUCGCUCACUGGUACUCGUCGAUCUGGGCAACUCGGCGCUGCCGAACAUGCUGCUCGACGACGACCUGCUGUCGUACGCGCUGAAUCCAGGGACCGAUGACUUCAACCGUGGGCCCAAGUCGCCACUCGACCGCAACAAUAAUAGCGACGACAAGAAGAAACUCGACUGGUGGAAGUUCGAUGCCAUAACUGCCCCCGAUAAACCUUUUGACGAAAAUCACAGCGUCGCCUUUUCCGACGCAGAAGCCGCAUUUAGAAACCAAGCCAAGGAUUUACAAACGAAGCCCGGGUCCAUUUACGGCGAGUACAUCUGCGCGGUGCCAGAAAUGAAGUCGAAGUCUGCCGUGGCAUUGUUCACGAUUGUGGCGUCCCUUGCGCUAUUCCAGCCGCUUUGGAUUAUCUUCAAGUUUUUACUAGAUGCGAAGGUGAGGCGGGACAAUCCGAUGGCGAAUUAUUGCGAGGGAUGCAUUGCGGGCGGGAAUGGUGAAAAUGUUCAGUAUGGCAGCGCUGAUGAGUCCGUAGAGUUGAGGGCUCGUGGGGGCACGUAUAGUCAGGUCUCGCAGGGGAGUCGGACACCGCUGCGUGAUUAG